AUAAAAAGGUUGUUUGCCGGUGGGUUGGGUACAGUAGAUAGUUGACCCGCGGUGUUGUUUCCUAUAGCGAGGCACGCCUGGCAGAUGGAGUUAUCCCUGCUCCGCUCCGCCAGACUCGGCCUGGAAGUACUGGAGCGAGCUUCGAGACGGAGUGUAGACUGGUCUACUGCGAAUCCGUAUCCCAGUACAACACCAAAGGAGGACAACGCCGGGAGUGAGGAGGUUCAGGGAGACUCAGCCCACACAAGCCUGGAUGAUGCUUUUGAGACCAUAGCUGAAUUCAUGGCACAGACAACAUAUCAAUGCAAGGUAUGUGCUCCAAACCAAUUCUACUGCCCUUACUUUGUGCAUGUUUUUGUCAAUGCUAGAUAAAUAUGUUUGUAUUACAGAACUUUUACAUGUCGGAGACAGAGCCUAUGGAAAAUGAGAGAACCCAUGUGUGUAGAUACCAUUCUCAAUCUCACCAACACCCAGGGACCUCACUGCAGACCAGGAAACAUGCACAGUCAUCACCUGAGGAUUUCCACAUUGAGGUGUCUCCAGGUACCUAUAAAAUUACUGCAGGAACGCAGGACUCACAGGAACAGACCCGGGUAGUACGCAUUAAUGCAGGAGAGAGCAUGAACCUCACAUUUCACCUCUAACCUCUCAACCCUGACCAAUCCCCAUGACCUUUCUGCUAACAAUAACAAAACUGCCCAACCUGAACGUUUACGUACAUAUUUUCACGUCAUGCUAUCGUCUUCUGUUGAAAUGUCGCUUUAGAGCGACAGUGAUAGUGUUAUUAAUUUGCUGCUAAAUGAGAAGCCAUAUUUUGAUGUAAUCAUGAUUUUGUUUUUAUAUUCAAUUUUGUAUGUAAAAUGUCUAU